UUAAGAAGGUAUAAACUAUGGAGUGUAUACACUACAUAGUAUAAACAAUCUGAAUUUUUGUGAUUUGAUUAAAAAAAAGUGUUAAAAAUAAUUAUGUCAGUAUUACGUAAAACUGACGAAAUGUUAGAAAACAUUACGAGAUCAUUAGAAACUUGGAAAAAAAUAAUAACAAACGUGUGCGCUAGUGAAGACGAUAUUAACCUUUUAAAACAACAAGUGGAAGCUUACAGUAAGUUAGAACAAGAAUAUGAUAAAACAGAUAAAGCUAUACAACUAUUAGAUGAAAAGUUGAAUAAUUCAACAACAUGUGAAGAUGUAGAUACACUGUAUCAAGAUUGUUACGAAAGCUUAGCCACUAGAUCUACAAUAAAUCAUCAAGAUAGUAAAGUUUGGAAAGCGGUAUUCAAAGAUUUAUCUGACGUCAAAGAAAUACGGAUAAAGAAGAAAAAAAUUGAUAAUGAUCAAUACGAAGCGGUAGACGAUUCUUUAAUGUAUUCUAAUGUGUUUUCUCCACCAAUCGAUCCUAUUACUAAAGUGGUUGUAAGGAAUCCGUGCCGAAAUAAAACGUGCGAUCAUAUUUACGAAUACGACUCAAUAGUGGAUUACAUUAAACGUGUAAAACAGAAAGCAAAAUGUCCUUACAUAGGCUGCACCAGUAGACAAUUGAGAGUGACAGAUUUAGUUAAAGACAAUGCAAUGAAGAAUCAAAUUUCUCGAUAUUUAGAAACGCAUCAAAGUGAGACUGAAGAAGAUGACGAUUGAAAUAAGUAACAGCUUACAUAGUUUCUUAAAUAAAAUGUUAAAUUUUUCAAUAAUAGAAAGUGUUAUUAAAAAAAUUCUACUUGUUGAAAAAUAAAUAAUUUGUU